UAGCGAGAGAUCUGACGAGGUAAGUGAACGCUGAAGAUACAGAGACUAGGAGUGGGUUAGUCGUAAGGAUGUACGGGGGUGGACAAAAUCAGCGAGGGGGAAUGGGAGUUUACGGGAACGCGGGCGGUGGCGAUAAUGGAUACGGCGGGUACACAGGCAAUAACGGAUACAACGGGGACACAGGCGGAAACAUAGGUGGUAACACGGGUGGAUACGUGGGAGGCGCCUCAGGCGGUAAUGGCGGAAUGGGGGGCAGGCAGCCCCCGACGUGUUAUACAUGUGGCAAGCCGGGUCAUUAUUCCCGCGAGUGUUGGAUGAAGCGGGGACGGCAGGAUGACAGCGAGAUGGAAGAGAUACGACAGCAGCAUAGGGUGAUGAUGCAGGAGAGGCGUGAAGCGGAGGAAAAGAGAAGGGCAGAAGAACAGAGGAUACUGCACGAGGAAAACGAGAGAAGACGUGAACAGGAUAUGCAGAAGUGGCGGCAGCAGACAAAGCAAGCGGUGGAAGCCGCCACAGUGGCGAAGGCAAAAGCGGAGGAGGUGAGAGCCAGGGCGGAAGAAGCGCAUGCCAAGGCGGAGGAGGCACGGGCAAAUUUUGAGAAGGCUAGAAUCGAGAAGGUGAGGAUGAGUGCGCGCAGGGCACGGGAUACACCGGCGAGCUCGAGUAAGAAGAGAGUCGGGGAGUAUGAAUCGGAAGAAGAGACCUCGGAGGAUUCAGAAUCGGACGGCGACACCACUGACUCGGAUGAAGAGCUGAGGAGAACUAUCGAACGUUUGAAGAUGGAGAAAAGAACGAGGAAGUCGGGGAAGAGGGGAAGACCGAAGAAACAAGAAAAUCUGGCGAAUGAGAAGACACCUUUCAAGACACCUGACAAGAUUCAGUCCACGACGGAACGGGGAGAAUGUUCGAGAGGGAAGGCACGAACCAGUCAUAAUCGAGAGGAUAUGGAAGACGUUUUGAGGAAUACAAACGACAUUGGGUGCGGUUUCGGGGAACCAUGGGAUGAGAUCAAUCAAUGCCGGGGCUCACCGAGGAUGGGAGGAAUAAGGUUCAACAUACCGAGGGGCGACGGUGAGAUGCGGGCAGAUGAACCAAGGACACCAAUGGAGAACGACUACAAGGGUCCGGCGGCAAAAUGUUCCAGGGAGGGCAUUAUUGACUAGUGUCUAUCAACACAAAAGAUCUUAUCCGCCAAGAAGGCAUCUAUGCUACGAAAGGUGUGUCAGAAGAAGGGCAUCAGAUAUACGAGGAAACUUGAGAUCAUUGAUGUCCUAGCUAGGGAGCAAGUGAAACUUGCAUACGAGGGUUUUGCGGAGGUGGAGACGGAGCCAGGGGAGGAGGAGGGAGCGGAAGUGAAUCUGGGGGAGGAUAUGGCGGGACCUGAAAAGAGAGGAACGAGGUCGUCGGUUCAGUCAGCACCGGCGAGA